AUGGCAGAGCUUGAAAACGACGACGUUGAAGAAGGCUACUUCUAUGAGCUUUCCCAUGCCAAGCUUCCUCCCGAAUCGCCGGAGCACCUCUACUCAGUCCGGGUUGUAAUGGUAUUUAAGAAGGAUGAGCUCAAGGUUUCCUUGCGGUUCCCGAGUGUUUAUUCUCUGAGUGCUUACUUCGGCAAUGACAGCUAUCGCAACGGGGACAAGAGAAUGGUGCCUGUCCUAGAUGAACGGCACGACAUGGAUUUGGAGAUUGCUGUCGCUGUACUUCGCCGGAGAGUAUCGCUAGAAGAGUUUGAGGUGCGCCGGAAGUUUUCGAGUUUUUGGGCACCAGGAGCUAUCCGUGGAGAGGGGAGCUCUAGACAAGUUGAUGGUGAUGGUGGUGAUCAUGGCAGCGGCGAAGUUGGUGGUAGUAAGGUGGUUUCUUCAAAGAGCUCCUGCGUGUCUUUGCUCAAGUGUACGGGUCUAGUUCAGUGGGGGAGUCGCCGACAAGUACGGUACCUUGGAAGGAGUAAACCAGUAGAGAAAGAUACACUAACCGAGCAAGCUCAUGUUGAAGAAGACAAGAACAACGAGGUGGAAGAAGAAGAAGACUACAAAGAUAUGAAGGCAACUCGGUCUAUAACUAAAAGGAAGUUCAAUGGUAGUGAGCACAAGGAAAUUGUUAAAAGAGCCAAAUGUCAUAACAGUGGGAGAAAGACAAAAUUGAUGAAAAACUCCAUUGACAGAUGGUCUGAAGCUAGGUACAAGUUGGCCGAGCAGAAUAUGUUAAAAAUAAUGAAGGCCAAAGGUGCUGUGAUUGGGAACCCAAUUCUGAGGCCUGCGUUGAGAGCUGAGGCACGGAAGCUGAUUGGAGAUACGGGUUUGCUAGACCAUUUACUAAAGCACAUGGCCGGAAAAUUGGCCCCCGGAGGAAAUGAUCGAUUCCGACGACGUCAUAACUCCGAUGGGGCAAUGGAGUACUGGCUUGAGAGUGCUGAUUUAGCAGAUAUUAGGAGAAAAGCUGGAGUGAGUGAUUCUUAUUGGACACCUCCUCCUGGAUGGAAGCUCGGGGAUAAUCCCACCCAAGAUCCUAUAUGUGCAAGGGAGCUCAAGGCAUUGAAGGAAGAAAAUGUCAACAUGAAAAUGAAAAUGGAAUUGAUUUAUAGGGAUAUGCAAGAAUCAAUGUUCAGGGAGAUCAGAGAGAUGUGGAAAGUAAUAGACGGGAUGAAAAAGGGAACUGAGCUUGGAUUCAAGAGAUCAGAAGAGAAUGUACAAUUGGUUGAUCACGUAGGUUAUUUUCUUCUACUAAAGGAAACAUUUGUUGAGUUGGUGAACAAAAAGACAAAUAUUGAGAAGGAGCUCAUGGAAAUUUAUGAUAAAUUGAGCAAAAUAGAGGUACAAAAGGUUAAUGUAUUUUCUCUCUUAUCUACUUGCUUGGUAGUUAAUGCAUCAUUUGUAAAUGUUCAGGAACAACUAAUGAAGACAAAAAAUGGAGUACGUGUGUUGUCAGACUCUGAAAAAUGGGAGACCACUAUAGAGAAAGGAGAAAAAAGCAAGUCAGAAACCAAAUCGAGAGAUCAUGGAAGGGACAAGGCACCAGCAGCCAUGACAGUAGAGAACAAGGCAGCAAAGACACAGAGACUAAAGAGUGGUUUCAGGAUUUGCAAGCCACAAGGUACCUUCCUUUGGCCAAACCCGACUACUUUUAAUCAGACUGCAGCUCCUCUUGUGGUCCAAACUCCACCCUCAGCUUCAUCAUCCACACUCUCCCCAGUACCCCACUUCUUCUUUGUACCUCAAUCUCCAUCUGGGCCCCAAUCGCCUCCCCCUGUGAAGCCUGUGCCUGUCAGAUAUGCUCCUUUAAGCUCCAUAUCCGAAGGCCGUCCUCUUAAUACUCCUGAUCUCAAGACUCCUAGUUCCUCUGUCAUCAACCUAAACGAGGUACCUAUGGAAGAGAACAAUAGUAAUGCAUUUUGAAGAUUUAUACUUAUAGAUUACUCAAAA